UUGGGGUUUUUUUUUACGCUAGUCUUAUGAUCAGAAGCCUUGGGUAAAAGAGAACUGGCCUGCUGCUUGUAGAUAUCGCUAUCAUUGAACGUAAAUACUCAGUCAUUAGCUAAUGCCGUUUAAAAUGUUUCCUCGAUAAGUGGGUGUUGUUUGAAAACGUUGCCAACAAAAUGCAUUUUUUUAAAAACCUACAUCGAAACCUCAGUUCAUAUACCCGCUGGCGACCCAGCAGAGCUUUAUCUCGUUUUCUCUGAGGGUGGUUGGCUAGAGCCCCUACAGUGGACCCAGAUUUUUACUGCACUGGACUUUAAUAUCUUUUCGUUUUACUUGUUUUUGUUUUUUUUGUUUUUUUUGUUUUUUUAAAUUCUGUCACGUAUGCACAUGCAUUCAAAGUUAAAGCCACCAACCCCGCUUGUUGGGGGUUGCACAUUUAUGCAUGAAACCUACAAAAUCCAACACUUAACUGGAGAUCCACCUAAACUCUGUUCAACUUCUCAUACCGCUUUUGACCGGGCUCGAUUACAUCAGGCUCGGAAUGAAUAAAGUCUGGCUCUAACACCUGUUGGUUUUUACCAGUGUGUUAUGACGAAUGCCAGUCAUUUCCCCCAAAUUCACCUUUUACCUCAUCAUCUCCCUCUGUGGUAAAGGCUUGGGAGCAGUGCUUUGCUUCCUUAUAGCCUGCUCUACUGGUAUUCCUGCAUUAAUAAUUUAAAAAUUUCCCUCCUGUUAUAAGGAAAUGAUAUGAAAUUAAUAAGUAAUACUUUUUGACUUUUCGGUUUGCCCCAAGGAGGAAAUACAUGGAAGAUGUGAAAAGUUAAGCAAGUAAUCUGCACUGCAUUAAGCAGUGUUUUGCACACUUAAACCUGAAGCUUAAAAUUUUUGCUGUCUUAUAAAGGCAAGAGGGGGAAAAUAGCCUUCUUGAGUUAAUUUUAUCUCCACUUGAAGCAAAAAAAAAAGUUCUAAAAUUAUAUUUCUUUUCAUGAUCAUUCAGUCAGUGAACAUGAAACAUUGUGCUUCAUGUGUCUUUCUUUGAUGCACGCCUCUUUGAUGUGCUGACAGUGAAUAACAUGCAAACUCAGACGGCUCUUUAAAGCCAGAAAACAUUAACGACCGAAUAGAAUUUAGAUUUGAAGCACCAGAUGCAGGAUAUAUGUUGUUUGCAGCAUUGUCCUGUUAUUGUGUUCCCCUCUAAUGAUGUCAUGUUGACUUUGGUUAAGGCCUCAGAGAUGUAGCCCUCUGUUGCUCACCAAGAUGUACUUGAAUCUGCACAGUACUGUGUGCUGUGUAUUGCCAGGCUUAGGGAAUAGUAGCUCAGGUGAGUCGUGCUGCAUAACAAGAAAAAAGAAAAACAACAUUUUUAGCAUUUAAUCACAGGAGCAGAAAAGUAUAUACGGAAACCAAUUAAGCAGCGUCUUCGCAAAGCAACUUUGUCAAAGUUAUUUCCUUGUAAUAAGUUGCUGUGUAUCCUUUGAAGCCUCUGCCACUGUGCUUUGGACUGUGUGUGUAAAUGUGCGUCAGAGGAGAGGGAUUUAGAGGUAACUCUGGUUUUCUUUUCUUUCUUUUUUUUUUUAUUGUGAAAUAUUUGCCCCAUAGAUUCCAGAGAGGCCUGCUUCUCUGUUCCUAGGGCCCAUGGUCCUCAUUGUUGAAACUCUUUCACUGUUGAGCUUUUCACUCUUGUCAGCUGUGCGCCUCUGUUAACACACUGGGGAGCUUUGUGUGGGGUGAGCUCGCUGUCUGCACAUGUGUAUGCUUUCACGUGCAUGUGCCUGUCCGAGGAAAGAGUCUGUUAAUGUGCGUGUGCACUCAAUGAGAGAAAAUGAGAUACAAGCGCGGGUGAACUGAAUGAAUGGAAAGCAAAGUGAGGGGUUUUUCAGAGAGGAGGAACUCGUUUACAUACAGCAGCUUUGUACCCUUCUUAAGUAAAGACACAAACAGGCAUUUUUGCAAUAGGAACCAUAACAGAUGGAAAGAGCAAGUAAAUCUUGAUCCACAGCUGCUGUGGAUGGGCUCUUGUGUUUUCCGUUGUUGGAGCGUCUGAAGAGGCUGCUGAUGCUAGCAGAGUGAUCAGCAGCUGGCAGACCCUACUUCUUCCCUUUAGGGAUCUUAAGACAAGUGACUGGCUGUCUGCAACCCCAGCCUGCAGCACAUUUGGAGCAUGAGUCAAGCAGCAGACGAAGUAGGAGCUUCUGCGCACAUUAACAAGCUCUCAAGAAGAUACUGCACAGGUAACCACUCCAUGGCUGCACCCUGACACUAUCAUCUGUUCAUCCCCUCUGCCCCAGCCUCCCCCCUCUUAUCCAGCUCCUCUCCCCUCCUCCUCACCCUGUGGCCUAUUUAUACCCUGGAGACUCGAAGCAGUCUAUUAAAGCCCACGGACCUGUUCAGAAAAAGACUCCAAUUUCGACAAGAACACUAAAGGACUUACCUUCUAAAUGGAAAAGGAUCACACAUUCAAAGGAUGACUGCAGUCUACCCCUCUGAGAGUAGCCCGGAAGGGGCUGAAGCUGGGAGUCAGACAGCAGGCUCUAAGGGGUCAGGAGCAGGAGGAACCACUGGGACCAGCUCAGUAACUGGGGUCAAGAGCGCGGAUUCUCAUGGAGACUCGGUCCGAGGUUCCAUUGGAAGCACGGUGGCCUCUACUAGUAGCAGCCAAAGGAACGCCCGCUGGAGCCGGCAGGACAGCUCUGACAUAAACACAGAUGAUGAGGGAGCCACCGUCCGCCGCCUCACUCCCCUGGAAAGGCUGAACCUGGAUAUGUGCCAGGAUGAAAGGUUGGUCCGUGAGCUAACAGUGGGCAGAAGAAUCGGCUUCUACAAAAUUCAUGGAGAGCUCGGGUGUGGAAAUUUCUCCCAUGUUAAGCUGGGAAUUCAUGCUCUCACCAAAGACAAAGUGGCCAUAAAGAUCUUAGAUAAGACCAAGCUGGAUCAGAAGACCCAGCGGCUGCUGUCCAGGGAGAUCUCUAGCAUGGAAAAACUACACCAUCCCAACAUCAUACGCCUCUAUGAGGUGGUGGAGACUUUGUCACGUUUGCACCUAGUGAUGGAGUACGCAGGCGGAGGGGAGCUCUACACCAAGAUUACUACAGAAGGAAAGCUUUCUGACACUGACAGCAAGUUUGUCUUUGCUCAGAUUCUUUCUGCUGUUAAACACAUGCAUGAAAAUAACAUCAUUCACCGUGACCUGAAGGCAGAAAAUGUCUUCUACACCAACGGCUCUUGCGUGAAGGUGGGGGACUUUGGAUUCAGCACACUGAGCCGCCGCGAUGAGACACUCAACACAUUCUGUGGCUCUCCGCCAUACGCUGCGCCUGAACUCUUUAGGGAUGAGCAUUAUGUUGGCAUCUAUGUAGACAUCUGGGCCCUAGGGGUGAUGUUGUUUUUUAUGGUGACAGGCACAAUGCCAUUCAGGGCGGACACUGUGGCCAAACUAAAGCGGUGCAUCAUGGAUGGGGCCUACGUCAUUCCCUCUUGGGUGCCAGAUGCAUGCCAGAGGCUAACCAGGGGAAUCCUCCAACCCAUACCAACUGACCGCUGUACAGUGGAGCAGAUGAUGGGCUGCGAGUGGUUGCUCCCCGUGGACCUCCCGCAUGCCAUGGAACCCUUUAAACUGGACCCAUCCUACCUCGCAGAGAGUGAUCCAUCUGAUCUCACAGAGGAAGAGAUGGAGAUAAAGUCUUCGCUGGAGGCACUGGGAAUCACCUUGGAGCACAUCCUGAACAACCAGGGCAAAGACUGCAGGAGCUCCAUCACUGGUGUCUAUCGGAUUCUGCUACACCGUUUUCACAAGAGACGGGUUGUCGAAAGCAUUCCUGUGGUAAAACAGGCAGUCAGACCCACAGCAACAAGUAAAAAAGAACGACUAAAAGUGUACCGCAGUUUACGGCAGACAUCUAAACUCUGUGCAAUUCUGUGACAAAAUUCUUUGCUCCGGAAAUUUGAUUAAGUUAUGGACUUGGAUGCAUGGAUUUAUUACAAAUAAAAAAUUAAAACAAGAAUAUUUUCAGUCCAGUAGUAUAAAUUGAAAUUAUGGUAUAUAACCCCACUCAAGUCCUAAAAUUGGUCUUUUCUUAUGUCUCUGUAGCUAUGUUGCUGCUGUCAUCGUCUGUUUUUUCUUGCAGGGACAGGAAAUCUCAAGAAAUUUGAAAUGUUCUGAAAUCUCAUUUAUCCAAGUCAGCAUAGCAAUGAUUAGAUGGCAUGCAGAACUUAUUAUUUGGGUCAUGCAGGCCAUAUAUUUCUAAUUCACACUUGGCCUACGCUUAGUUGUGUUGUAACAACAAGCCCUAUGAGAAUCACUGUAGCUUAUUUUUUAUGAAGAGACAUAAAUCCACAAUAUUUUGUUAAAAAAGUGGCAAAACAUGCAGUAUCUACACAAAAUGUGUUUGUCUUAAAUGUUUAAUUGCACUUCUCCUCGAUGCCUUAGUUUUUUUUUCCAUCUGUUUAUGAAAUCAGACAGCCUGGUUUCAUUGUACUCCUUAAUGCUUGUGAUGAGAUAGUAAGUAGAGAUUUUACAUCUUAUAUAAUACGUCUCUAUGAGAUGUCCCUGCUCUUAGACUGGCUGACCUCGGUAUUUUCCCUGUGGCCUGAAAAAAUCCACUAGAUGACAUUAAGCUAUGAAGACCAACUAACAGUUAGUAGUUCACAUGGCAAAAUAAAAUUUCAGUUUUGAGUGAAACGAUUCUGGUGAGAGUUUGAAUCCAUUUGUCUUUUUAUGAUUCCGUGUCCAUGCAAAUGUGCUGAAUGAAAUAAAUUUAAAACUAAAAA